AUGUUUACAGCAUCAAGCAAAAAAACCGUCGUUCAAUAUGAAAACGACUAUAAAAAAGCAUUCCUUAUCUUUUUCAAAUUUCUAACUAGCGAAAAUGGAAUCGAUGAGAAUAAGCGAAAGUUUGUACUCGAUUGUAUUGAGAAAUUUGUGGAUACUGAAGGAUAUGAUUCAACGGAAGGUUUCUUCCUUGAUAUAUUUGAAGAAGUUGGAUUCGAAGCGGUUCAAAAUGAUAAAUUCGGUGCGAAGAGGGAUAAUAAUAUCAUUGAAAAAAAUAAAGGUGGUACGUCCAACCUUGUAACCGAUGACAGCACCGUUUUAGAAUUCCCAAUGAAGAUCGAUCUCCAACAAAUGCACUUGCUUCAAUUCUUUCAACGCGCCUUGGCUCUCAACAUCGCCACCGGAAGUUCAAACAAACGUAUCUUUGGAUUCCAAAUUCCAUUCGUGAACGACCAUGCAUUUUUUGUUAAAACUUUAUACUUGGGUACUAUAAUGGUGCGGUAUAAACGAGAUGGGGAAAGCUGCGUACCCGAGAUUGUUCAAUUGGAUCAAAUCCCAGAUGGAUGGAAAGUUGACGUUUAUAGGAAACCUCUUGAUGGUACCACCAUCUUCGACUUUUACCAACAGGGUCUGAGAAAGAGAAAAUAUUUCAUGGAGAAAAAGACCAAGAAGAGAAUGAUUCCAAUUUUAUUUGCUAAUAAAACAUACGAAAUUAGUUCAGAUUUUCAAGGAAUACACAUCUUGUCCGUAUCAAAUGAUUUAUUGUAUCAAAGCAAUGGACAAGUUAAAGAGAGCGGUUUAGCAUGCCAAGUUGUACUACCCAUUAAAAGUGGAAGACUUUCAAAGAAACCAAACGUGUUAGUUGUUUACCCAGCUUACGAUAGACGGGACCUAUGUUUCUACAAAACUCAUGAAUUAGGAGACGUCGCACAACCAAUUUCCCAUUAA